UUAUUCACAUUAUGACGUUGGCUGAGUUACCGUAUAAAAUGCGCUAGUUUACCUCUUUGGUAAUCACUUGGUAAAGUUUUACAUGAUGGGAACAUAGGCUCCAGCUAUAGACUUUAACCAUGGAGGAUAAUAAGAGUUUAAACGAAGAUGAUCCAUGUGAUCAUCAAAGUUUGGGAGGUCAAGUCCAGAAAAUGAAGAAUGAUAUCCUGGGUUUAAACUAUCCAGAAGAUAUUGAAGUGAAGGAUCCCCUGCCUCAGAUCGAGCUGAAGGCUGUGACAAGGAGAAAAGUUAAGACCAAGAGGAGGACCAGUGCCAACAGGUCCACAGUUGAACAGAGCACUGAUACUGAUGCAGCUGAGAGAGAUUUUGUUGAUAAUCAGAAUGAUGAAGAUGAGGAAGAGGUGAAGAAGGAUCCCCUGCCUCAGAUGGAGCAGGAUGCCGUGAAGAGAAAUACAGUCAAGCUUCACCUGGAAUGCACCUCAGAGAAGGGCCUCUUGACUCGUUCCAUCGUGGGCUCCAUGUUGGAGGAUGUUGACAUGGUGAGAACUGAUGGACACGAGAUACACCGGCCAUCCUCCUCAAAGUCCUCCCUGUCCAUCACCUCUGCCAUGACCAGAGGGUCCCAGAGUGAUUUUACAAAUUCUCUUCCAGGGACUCCAGUCCCCAAUGAGUGGCCUGUUGAAAGCUAUUGUCCUAUCAUUAGGAGUUCGGUCAUUGAUAUGAGUGACUCCUCAACUCAUUCACAAGGGUCAACAAAUUACACAAGGCAAACCAUCUCUGCCAUAGUUGACACUGUUAUGGAGGUCAUUCCAAGAGAAGAUACGGAACACAUAGCCACUGCAGAUGAUGUCACUUCUUUUACAAGAAGACUUGCGAGACUCAGCCCCAGGGACAGUCUUCAGAACUUCUCACAUGAGCUCACUGACAAAGUUUAUGAGCUCAUAAAAAGUCACAACACCCCCCAGGCUCUUUUUGUGCGAGCUGGCAAGAGCGUGUCUGACUCUAUUCUUUUGAAGCUGAAGACAGGAUUGAAUGCUUCUGAAGAAUCCAGAGAGUUUCCAUCUGACCUUGUGUACUCCUUUGCUGAGGAGUCAAUAAAACGUCUGCUACAGCAGAUUGUCUUCUGGCUUCCUCCACCAUCACAAGGAUCAGAUUUCUGUCAAACUAUCGUCUCUGAUGGUUCUCUGCAGGACACAAGCCGGCUUAUCCCGAGCUCUUCUGCCAUCUCCAUUAGUUCCUCACCGGUUUACUGUGACACAAAGAGCCUUUUCACCAAUAUAAUGGUCAAUCAGGUCAUGGAUACCUGUUCUGUGGCCUCCAAUUCAUCAGAAGAAUUAUCAGAGUUGAUGAACAUAAUCAAUGGGUUGUCCCCAACUGAUGCUGGAACACUUGACUCUGACAGACCGGCUCCCCUGACCCCUAGCCGUCAGUCUAGUGCCAAAUCAUUGCCUAGACCCUCUCUGUCUGGCAGCAGCACACACAACGGUGGAACUGUGGAUAUUCAAGUUUUAGGAGAGAUGGAAUCCAAGAUGGACAACAAAGAUAUGGAGAUGUCUAGUGUCUCUGUCAUCCAUCAACUCCAUCAGCCAUGGACUCUGAUACACAUGCAUCAUUUGACUCCACUAGCAAUGACUACACCUCUUUGGUACUUUUACUGAUUGUUAGAUUGCUGACAAUGAUCACCCCUAUCACAUUACGGGAAUCCUCUGACAUUGGUGAAACAUCAAGAGUUCUCACAAAGAGGAUUCUGUCUGAGUUCUGUGGCACCUCAGGCCUUGAACCAACUCAAGCCUACCCCCAGAAUCUGAAAAUCAAAAAGAUUUUCAAGGCUGUCUACAAGGGGCUUCUUCAAGAAUUCGGGUCAGAGAAGAUGCUCCAGGUUGCAAUGAAGUCAACGGAUUACGCAUUUGACGAUGCCCUGGUCAAAUCAUUAACUAGGGAACUACUAACUAAAUGCAAUGAGGCUAGCUCUUCACCUCCCUCCAUGACCCAGUUGUCAUCACACAAUGCACUUGGCAGUGACGAGGUAGGUAAUUCUGGGCUUCCAACAACUGGUAGAAAGGACAAGAAGAGAGGAAGAUUCAGCGCUCUCUGUGGACUUAACCCAAAGUGUACAAAGAAGGUCAACAAGAAGAACCACUGCACUCCAACACCUUCCCAGAACCAGACCCCUGUCGUCAGUGAAACAGCAAUUGUCAAUGAUCAAGAAUCCUGCCGAACAGAGAGUGUAUGCUCCACCAAGAAGAAACCAAGGAAGCGUUCGCUCAUUUCCAGGAUGUUUUCAGCUAUAGGAAAAGCCUUGUCCAGUCCCUUUACUUCCUGCUAUAAAAGGAAGACCACCUAAUCUAUAUUUGAAAUAAAUAUAAUUAAAUUAA